AUGCCAUUCAAGCCCUUUAAGCCUCCGCUCAUCCGAAGGCCGCCCUCCGCUCCCCAAACGCAGCAGGAUACCUCUGAAUCGGUUUCCCAGCCCUCCGCUAAACGGCGUCGUAUCGGCGACCAGGCCAGCGAUGUAGCGACUGAAGAAGGAGUGAAGCCUAAUGGGACAGUACAUGUUGUGAAAAGUGGCCAGGCUCUCUAUCGGAAACCGUCGAUCUUGGCGAAUAACUCGUCCAAGCUUCUCGAUAAGACUGGGCGGAAUGACACGGCAAGCGGCGACGGCGGCGUAGAGGGCUACUACAAUGUUCUUUGGCGAAAAUUUACGGCCAAAAAGCAUAGGACAUGGGAUGGUGACGGGAUCUUGUCCCUUCGAGGUGGCUAUGCCUAUCUCCAAGAUGUUUCUGGAAAGGACAUGGGCCGGAUCAUGUUCAAUUCUCCCCUAAAACCUGGCUCAGCGCUGUCCAUUGGCGGGAAGGAUGUUGAGGUCGACUCAAUACUUUCCAAGGAAGAAUAUCUCGCCGGUCGUUCAUUCCUCGGCGUAAAUAGGGAGUCGCCUGAUGUAUUAUUGAAGAAGCCAGAGCUACCGCGAAUGACACCGAUUAGUGUCUCUCGCAUUGGUUCCGUACGAAAACCAGAUGCUACUAAGCCGGCAGUGAUUGGAAGGAGGGUAGAAGUACGUGAGGCCGAAGAAGCUGUAAAAAAGGUGCUUAAUGUUGCAGCACCAAAAAGUAUUGCAACGAAUAGUCGUUUCAAAAACCCCUUGAAAGAAGACUCUGUACUGCCGUCGAAACCGAACAAAGAAGUCACUCCACGACAUGACCCAAACCAGCCGGGAGCAAUCGUGAUGAAACGCCCAGAAUCAGUUCCAAAGGAUAAGCAGAUCGUUGAUGUCGUCGUUGACCCUCUCCUGGGAAAACAUCUUCGCGAACAUCAGCGCGAGGGUGUCAAGUUUCUUUACGAAUGCGUUAUGGGAAUGCGCCCUUUCAACGGUGAAGGGGCCAUCCUUGCGGAUGAAAUGGGACUUGGGAAAACAUUACAGACAAUAGCUUUGCUGUGGACUCUAAUGAAGCAAAAUCCAAUAUACGGGGCAUCCCCAGUGGUUAAAAAGGCUCUCAUCGUAUGCCCGGUGACGCUGAUUAAGAAUUGGCAAAAAGAAUUCAGAAAAUGGUUAGGAAAUGAUCGACUUGGCGUGUUUGUUGCGGAUGGAAAACACAUGAGGCUUACGGAUUUUACGAUGGGAAUGAGUUAUAAUGUUAUGAUCAUCGGGUAUGAAAGAUUACGAACUGUGCAAGAGGAAUUGGCCAAAGGUCGUGGGAUUGAUAUCGUCAUCGCAGAUGAAGGGCACAGAUUGAAGACCGUUCAGAAUAAAAGUGCCCAGGCGAUUCAAUCCCUUAAUACUGCUCGACGUAUCAUUCUUUCGGGAACGCCGAUUCAAAACGACUUGAGUGAGUUCUUCGCUAUGGUGGAUUUUGUCAACCCUGGUCUGUUGGGCACUUUCAAAAUGUUUAUGAAAGAAUUUGAAGGCCCUAUUGUGAAGUCCAGGCAGCCAGGCGCGUCCAAGAAGGACAUCGAAAAGGGUGAGGCUAGAAGCGAGGAGUUAGCAGGUCUAACGUCCAAGUUUAUCUUGCGCCGGACCGCAGAUAUCCUUUCUAAGCAUCUCCCACCCAAAACUGAAUAUAUCCUGUUUUGCAAUCCGACUCCUGCCCAAGCGAAUAUAUACCGCCAUGUGAUCGCCUCUCCGAUAUUCCAGUCAGCACUCGGAAACUCGGAGAGUGCUUUGCAGCUUAUUACGAUUCUAAAGAAGCUCUGCAAUAGUCCUUCUUUGCUCACUCUAAAAGUCUUAAAGGAUGAGAACCCGAAUUGUACAAUCAGCUCUCUCAUAUCGACCCUCCCACCUAAUCUGCUUCGACAUUUUUCACCCGCAUCGAGCGGCAAAAUUAGAGUUCUGGACCAGCUGCUCCACAACCUGCACAGCACAACGUCGGAGAAGAUUGUGCUAGUGUCAAACUACACAUCAACUCUCAACCUUCUCGCGGCUCUUUUGUCGUCUCUAUCCCUCCCAUAUCUACGCCUCGAUGGUUCUACCCCAGCCAGCAAACGUCAAUUCCUUGUUGACGAUUUUAACCGCUCGUCAUCCAAAUCCUGCUUCGCAUUUCUCCUUUCUGCAAAAGCUGGGGGGAUCGGGCUCAAUCUCACCGGCGCCAGCCGCCUGGUGCUCUUUGAUGUGGACUGGAAUCCCGCGACGGACAUCCAGGCCAUGGCGCGUAUCCAUCGUGACGGGCAAAAGAGACACUGUCACAUCUACCGAAUGUUACUUAGAGGCGGACUCGAGGAGAAGAUCUGGCAAAGACAAGUUACGAAACUUGGUCUAGCAGAUAGCGUGAUGGAUCAGAAAAACAGCGUAGCGCAUUUUUCUAGGGAAGAAUUGAGAGAUUUGUUUAGACUCGAUGAGGAUGCCGAGUGUCAAACACAUGACCUUUUAGGCUGCGAGUGCGAGGGGAGAGGAAGAGAUGUUUCAAUUAUAGCGGAUGUUGGCGAUAAUGGGGACAACCUGUCUGACUCCGAGAGCCUCACGGAGAGUGACGGUUCAGAUGAAAUCCCAGAUCCGCCUUCGCUAAUCAAGGCGUCUAAACUUCUCAGCCAUCCAUCAACCGGCGAAAGAAAAAAUGCUGCCAACAAGAGAAGAAGGAAAAUGCGCUCUCUCAUGCAGUAUUCUCACAUUAGCACUCCACUUCUCGUCACCAAACAUAGAAAAUCACUAGAAGAGCAGAUUGGCGACGAUGUUCUUUUAUCGUUACUCGGAGAAGAAGGCAACGGGGUCCGAUACUUGUUUAAACGGGAUGGCUUCGCAGGGUUAUCGACAAAUACAGACAAAAUGGGGAUUUAA